AUGGUGGUCUCACCAAAGAAUUCCUUGCUGAACGUUGCUCUUCGCAUGCUGGUAGCUAGCCCAUUGGCCCUCUCGGCCCCUACUGGCACUUCUGCUACAGAACCACUCUUGGCACUGGAAAGGAUAGACCAGCCGAGCGAUUUGCAACCUGUAGGUGCGAGCGAUUUAUAUCCUCCAGGUGCGGGAGCUUUUGGUAAAAGGAUAAAGGCGCGAAAGGGAGUAAACAUCGAAAGCUACCAAUGGCAGAAAGCUUUCCCCGAUCCUCAUUCCGAUCACUACAACAAUGAUUGGGACAAGAUGGAAUCUCAACGCAGAGAGAUUUCCAAAAAGAUAAAAGAACUUACUAAACACUACGUGAAUGUGAAAAAUAUGGGAACUAUUCAUGAAGUUGGCGAGUCUUCUGAUGAAGUUGUAGCUCAACUUCAUCAGACCAUUUUAAAAGUGACGUGGAUCCAUGAUUGGUUGUUGAAUGAAUAUCGCAGGAACGUGUUGAAGUCCAGUAGUUCGCCGUUUGCUCUUACUCUCGCGACAGUCACGCACCAGCCGGGGAAAGAAUGGGUCUGGGAGACCGAAGACCUAUUCGAUGGUAUCUGGAAGGAGCUUAGCCAGGUCCAGCGGGAAACCCCCAAUGAGACAUCCGACCCUCAUCUGUUGGCUUUCCACUCGACACUUUCGAAAAUCGUGCCUCUCCUAGGCAACUUUAUGACUGUACACAAAUUGAAAUCGCCCGAAUUCAUCGAAAAUAACUUUGUUCUUACGCUCAGGCCAGAGGAUCUGGUAAACUUGAUCGACUCGUUUGCUCGGUCGAGGCAUGAGAUCCUAGAUGAUCUGAAGUUGUAUCUGGCUUCAAAGGACGAUCUCUUGCGGUCUUUUAUGAUCAAACCCGAAAAGCAUGCCUCAUCGAUCAUAGACCUAAAUUUUAUGAUGUCCAGUGAGAGCUUAAAGCUCUUUCGCGAAGGAAUAAAAGGUGUGUUCCAAUUCUUGAACUUGAAGCCUGAGGAAAAAAACUGA